GGAGGAGAGCUGGUUUGGUGGGCACCCAAUGCCACUCGUUGCGCGUCCUUAUAAUUUGGAGAGGCGUAUGCAGCGCACGGCCCGUUCGCCUUUCCAGGUGGAAAUCCAGGAGGAGCCGAGGGCAAUUUUGAACCGGGACCACUGCUACUGAACCCGGUUCAGGACAGGUGAAAUUCCCAGCAGGCGGCAGUUUAAGGGCCACAGGAUCGAUUGUUCUUCAAGUUCGGGGAUCACCGAACGCGAACUAUCCGCUCUGGUCAUGGAUGAAGGCCAGCGGCUGGAACUGGGAGGUUGAACUCGGGGAGUUCGAGGGAUGUUUACGCACUUUGGAUUCACAUGAUAACACCCGUUCUUCAGCUAUUUUUUUUUUUUUUAAAGUCGAUCUGAAAGAAUAAUGAAAACAAAGCAAAGCCGGCUGCUGUUGUUGCUUUAAAUCGCCAAUUUUUUUGAGACGUGUGAGGACAUCCUCCAAGAAGCGCCGAAAAAUGAAGGAGAAAUCCAAAACGGCCGCAAGGACUAGACGGGAAAAGGAGAACAGUGAAUUUUAUGAACUGGCUAAAAUGCUUCCCCUUCCGUCGGCUAUUACCUCCCAGCUCGACAAAGCCUCCAUAAUAAGGCUGACAACAAGCUACCUAAAGAUGAGGAUUGUUUUCCCGCAGGGUCUUGGUGAGGCUUGGGGUCAUACUAGCCGAACAAGGUCUUUGGACAACAUUGGACGGGAGCUCGGCUCUCAUUUAUUGCAGACGUUAGACGGAUUCAUAUUCGUCGUGGCUCCAGAUGGAAAGAUUAUGUACAUCUCAGAAACGGCGUCAGUCCAUUUAGGACUGUCUCAGGUAGAGUUGACCGGGAACAGCAUUUAUGAAUAUGUCCAUCCUGCCGACCAUGAUGAGAUGACAGCUGUCCUGACGCCACAUCAGCCUUAUCACUCACAUUUUGUGCAAGAAUAUGAAGUGGAGCGUUCUUUUUUCUUGCGAAUGAAAUGUGUGUUGGCAAAAAGAAACGCAGGACUAACCAGUGGUGGAUACAAGGUGAUCCACUGCAGUGGCUACCUGAAGAUCCGUCAGUACAGCCUGGACAUGUCACCUUUCGAGGGCUGCUACCAGAAUGUGGGACUGGUGGCUGUCGGCCACUCUCUGCCGCCCAGCGCUGUGACGGAAAUCAAACUGCACAGCAAUAUGUUUAUGUUCAGGGCCAGUCUGGACAUGAAGCUCAUCUUUCUGGACUCGAGGGUAGCUGAGCUGACGGGUUAUGAGCCCCAGGACCUUAUAGAGAAAACGUUGUACCACCAUGUCCACAGCUGUGAUAUCUUUCACCUCCGCUGUGCUCACCACCUCUUGCUGGUAAAAGGCCAGGUCACUACUAAAUAUUACCGUUUCCUUGCCAAACAUGGUGGAUGGGUCUGGGUCCAGAGUUACGCCACCAUUGUCCACAACAGCCGCUCUUCAAGACCUCAUUGCAUCGUCAGUGUCAACUACGUUCUCACGGACACUGAGUAUAAAGGAAUGCAGCUUUCCUUGGACCAAAUGAGCCCCACAAAACCGGCCUUCCCCUACGCCGACAGUCACAGUGAGGACAGAAAAACGACCAAGACUCGUCUGACCCAGUCAAAGGCAAAAUCAAGAGUGUCACCUUAUCCACAGCAAUUUGCAGCUUUUAACCCCGAGCGUUCAGAAUCUGACCAAGACAGCCAGUGGGGAGGAAGCCCCCUGACAGACUCAGCCUCUCCUCAGUUGCUGGAUCCGAGCGAGGCUGCCGAGGCAUCUUGCGCCUACAGACUGUAUCCAGACUCUAGCUCCCUGUGCUAUGGCUUGGGUUUAUCUGAAGAUGAUCUUGCCCACACCCAAACUCACCCUCACACCACCACCUGCGACCGCGUCCGAUGCCAAGGAGGCCGCUAUUUCCUGGGAACCCCUCAGUCGGGCCGAGAAAUGUGGUGGGACACCACACGCUCAGUGCUGUCGCUUCCUAAAUUCUCUGUGGACAACAGUGAGGGCUAUGAAAUCACAUCCUACCAUGGCGCCAUUCAUGGACGGGGCCACUGGGAUGACGACAGCAUUGUGAGUUCACCUGACGGAGGCGGGUCCACCAGCGAUUCGGGUGAGCGCUAUCACGGCGACCAGUUCCAGUCAAGUCCUCGGGAACCAAGCAAGAUGGAGACCCUUAUCCGAGCCACGCAACAAAUGAUCAAAGAGGAGGAGAAUCGCUUGCAGCAACAGAAGGUGCUGCUGGAUGUUUCAGGCCUCACAAAAACUCACAGUCCAUGCUUCGCCUCCUCCAUACCCCAUCAUUCUCAGCUCACCAUGCCCAGCGUGGUGUGUCGUGGUCCUGGAGCUCCCAGCAUCGACCUCCCAUCUGAGCCCCUUCAUCACCGGGACGGUGUCAAAGCGCCCGGCCCCCAUGACAACGACGAAAACACAACCAGCCCAGUGUCAGUUUCUCGCCUCAGCAGCCCCGGCUCUGAUGGUGUCCCCAGGUCCGGCCUCCUUCUAACCAAAGACUACAUGGCGACAGAUUUGUCCCCCCACCCUUCGCAAGCCCACGGGAGUCCUCUGCUUUAUCCAGCCCAGGAGAGGCAGCAGAUGAACAGGCAAGCGGCAUAUGCUUUGACAGGGUACUCCCUGGAGCACCUGUACGACCCAGAGAACUUGAGGAGUUAUUCCAGCCUGGCGUGUGGAGGAGUCCAGUAUGACGUGGCAUCUCAUGUGAGGAUGCAGGCGGAGCAGAUGCAAGGACACAAGGCCACCUCAGUCAUCAUUACCAACGGCAGCUGACAGUUUCUGGUGCAGAUCGGUCACGUCGUGUAACUGAGGACGUUGCAGCUGACGGCGAUUUAUGCGUGAGCAUAACUGAGAUAGACGCUUGGUAAAAGAGACUACAUUUUUGACUGAAGGAUGAAACACCUGGUUGUUGGACUGAUGUUCUCAUGGUCGUCCAUUGAGCACUGCUUGUAAAUGUCAGGCCCUCGCAAUGCGCCAUUCUUUUUUCUUUGUUGUCAAAGGAUGAUAUUCCAAAGCUCAAAGGAAAUAAUGUCUAUACACUGCCUGGCACUGGGAAGAAGUGUGCUCCACAAAAGCGAAAUUGCUGUUAUUUUAACGGUGGUGAACUGCAUUACCCUCCCACCAGAAAGCUGGUUAAACAUCAAGCAAGUGUUUCUGUCCCACUCCCCUCACGCUUCGUUGGACAUCAGAGUUAAUCUGUCCAGGAUGUGAUUUCCACAGACUGUAGGAAACGUGUUGUUCCAUUGCCCUUUUACCCCCCUAAAACAACCCAAACCUCCUUAAGAGCAUUAAAAUGCAACAACGGAAAGACCUGCAGACAGACGAGCAUUUCACUGUUGUAAAAUGUCAAUGUUUUCUUGUAUUUAUUAGUCAGUGGAAUUUUUUUCUGCAUGUACUAUUAUUUUCAGUCAAAACAGAAAUAUUUUCUGGUGCCAAUAAAACCGUUUCCACGAUUGGUUCAGACCAUCCUUACCAUAUUAAAAAAAAAGUAUAAAUAAAGAGCAAAAACAAAAUGAGAAAUCUACCUUUGACAUGUAAACGAGCAAGAUCUGCAGGUGUGCACGGUACCAAGUGAGAAUUUGGUUGCGACUAAAAUAUGUUAUACAUAUUCAGGGUAUUUUUUAUAGAUUUUCUUUUUUGUUUACUUCAUUUUUUCAUAUUUCUAAAUAUACUUUAACAAUCCUUCACCUGCAAAUUUAUAUCAAACCAUAGUAGUUUCAAGGGUUAAAAUAAUCAGUGCAAACUAUAAAAAAGUUUUUUUUCUCAUUUCUUUUUUUUAAACAUAUUUACAUAAUAUAUUCACUUUUACACAAAUACAAUUUAAUUUAAUUUUACAAUGAAAUAUUUAUUAAUUGGCUCAAAAUGUCACCAAAACUUGAAACCUGCUGCAAAAAAAACAAACAAAACAGAAGGUAUCAAUGCUGAUUUGUGUUGUCAUUCCCAUACACAUACAGUGCUACUGCCCAAGACCUCUGAUAUUUGAUAGAAGUAUUGAUGUAUGUAUAGUAUUUAAGUUUAUUAGCUGUGCAUUUCUUUGUUUCACGUUUAAUUUAAUUUUUAACCAUUUUGUAAAAUACGACAGUAAAGAAAGAAUGAUAAAGUC